AGUAACGUGCUGUGGAACGGUGCGAGUGGACUAAAGAUUCGAAACUCAAGCCCAAACUCAAGACAUAUUAUGGCUGAGCACAACUUCCCACGGGUCAUUACCCCUCCUCCACUUCAUUUUGAUUCAGCUGCUGGAACUGAAAUGAUGCAGAGAUGUCCUCUCCUUCACCCUCAUCGUCUGCGGUGACAAUUCCAACUCCUGGGAAGUCCAUUCUCAAGAGGCCACCGCCCCAGCAGCAGUCCUUUUUAGCCCGUAUCACCAAACUUCUCCCGCAGACUAAUGCACAAACUGGUGUCAACGAUGAAGCCAAAUCACUGAAGAGAGCUCACUUUAUUCUUCCGGAGAUGACCACCGUCUAUCCUAUAUCUUCUUCUAAUCCACCGUCAACACCCAGCCUGAAAGAGGAGAAGAGAUCUAUUGAGGAGCGGGAGGCUGAGCGACGGAAACGUGUCGUGCGACGCAACUCUGCUGCCAGUGAUCCAGCUGCAGCGGAGGAUCCUUGGUGGACGUUAGAACAGGUUGAGUCGUUCUAUCGUGAAUGUUGUGUGGGUCGUGAAGAAGCUCCAGAUCCCGCUGUUUCUGCUGCACUCCUGCAUGCCAAGCACACCAAUCCACGCACGGUGGACUUGUCGGGUGUACAGUUGACCGUUGGUUCUGCAUCUGUCCUGUCAGACGUGUUUACCAUCGAAUGGGGCCUUCGCAAACUCGUGUUCAAGGAAUGCGACCUUGAUGAACAUAUCCUCAAACCCAUGCUACAUGCUCUUCUUAUUCCAAACAGCCUGGUAUUUUUGUCUGUUGCCUCAAACAGACGACUGAAGCCUCCUGCCUUCCGCCUCAUCGGCGCAUACCUGACCAAGGCAAGGAGUCUGCAAUUCUUGGAUGUUUCCCAAAACUCUCUGGAUAAGAGAUCAGUAGAAUAUAUCGCGGCGGCUUUGCCUGCCGCGCCUACCCCAGGGCUCACUUCGCUUCGAUUAGAUGAUUGUGCCCUACGUCCAACAGCUCUGGACUCCCUCGCUCAUGUCGUCCGAGUUUCGUCGUUGCGGAACAUAUCACUGCGCUAUAACAAGAUCAGCGCAUCGGGCGCAGUCGCGGUAGCACUUAUGAUGAAGGACUAUCCUGAUCGCUACCCAAUAUCGUCUAUCAACGGUAGUGCAACGUCUUCUGCCAAUGUUAGCCCUACUAGUUCUGUUACGUUGCUCUCGCCGCCCGCCACGCCUACCUUCUCACAUGUAACAUUCUCAGCGGUGGACGCUCUGCCGCCUACCCCGCCGCCUCGCUCUAGCCCUAUCCUCCCUCCACCACGCCAUCCUUCCACUGCACCUCAGACCACCUAUACCCCUUAUAUCCCGCGCUCAAAGCGGCUGCAACAGAACGCGUCAAACAACUCAAACCCACUUUCUCCGACAGGACAGCCCAUACCACUCAUCACAUCUUCGGCGCAAGGUGGGAUCACGACGCGGCAUCCCGUUCCUCCUAGUCCGUCACUACCAACGAGUCCCGUUCAGAAUCAUGAUCACGGACCGAGUGCAGCGCUUCUGGAUAAAGUUCGCGCACUAGACUCGCUUCCCCGGUUGGGAGCCCUGCGUACGCUUGAUUUGAGAGGAAACGAUAUACGGGGCGCUGUCAGCUAUAUCGCGCAAGUCCUCAAACGUAACAGAACGUUGAAGGUCCUGAAUUUGAGCGAAAAUAAGCUUGAUGUACAAGCUCUUGUUGUUAUUGCGGAGGCAUUGAAAUAUAAUUCAUGUCUCGAAACACUGGAUCUCAGCAAGAAUCCCUGUUGCGGUCCCAGUCUAGAAGGGGUUCAAUCAUUGAGGACGGCAUUCACCCUGAACAAUGCCCUCAAGCGGCUAUUCCUUUCAUCAACCUCGAUGACAUCUGCUGGUGCCAUUGCCCUAGCAGAAUUCCUUCCUGAGUCAACGUCGCUGCUGCAUCUCGACCUCACGAUGAAUAAUCUAGACCUGGCGGGUGUUAUGGCUUUAAGCUCUGGUCUGAAGGCGAACCACAUCAUGCGUUGUCUCGACCUAAACAUCCCUCCGAGUGACGAGCAAAUGGCUCGCAUGUGCCGUGAUAUACUCAAUACCUGUGUUCGAAAUACCGAAGAGGCCGAGAGACAUUCCGAUAACCGUGGGCAGUCCAAGGGUAUCUGGGGCAUGAUCCAAGAAAGCGAACUGGCGAAGACCUUCCGCCAGGACGAGAAGAAAAAGGUUGAGGACCAAAUCAUUCCGUCAUCUCCCAUCUCGAGCAUCGACACUAACGUUCCAAUCGCCGAACGGAAGGACGAAGAUGUCGUUGCUCAGGCGAAGUCGUGUAAAGCUGAUCUUGAGGACUUCAUCGCCCGUUCACCAUCGUCGUCGUCGGCUCCCGUGUCGCCCAAACACAGGGUAGACCCAGUCUUGAAACAACGAGCUCAGACUGUAUUGGCAUCUUUGGCAUCUCUUAUCGAGGCAACCGGAGAUCCGAAUCAGCUGGAGGUGCUGUUGACUCUGAACGAUGAGCUGACGGGCCUAAUGUCCUUCGCAUCAUGUUCGCCAACGAGUGCGAACCUCAACGGCCUUGGUAUCCGGAUAGACACGGAGAAAGCUUCUUUUGCCACGAGCAAUGGUCAUAUAGUACCAGCGGACGCUAGCGAUGUAGAAGAAGAGCCGGUUACUCCUAGAGUCGAUAAGGGCAAAGCUAGAGCAGAACCGGAACCUGAGGAACCUGAAAAGGUGCUCACCCCAACAACUUCCUUCCGUAUCUCUGAAUCGGAUGAUGAAGAUGACGUUCGACUCGAGAUCGAGGAAGGCGUGGAGGACGUUGUUUCCCCUACUGAUCGGUCUAGAAGUUUGGUAGCUGAGGAAGGAGAAGUCUUCAGGAAGGGCGUCGUUCUUUUGGGACCAGAGGAGAUGGAGGGAGAGUACGACGGGGAGGAACUGCGGAAAGAGGUCGCUUCUUGAAGCGAUGGUUGAACGCCCUCCACCGAGGUCACUGCAAGAUGGCUUCCUCGACGACGAUAUCCAUCCUCUGGAUGUACCGCCACCGACGCCAGUUUCUCCGCAAGAGUCAGCCAAGCCACCUCCUCGCCCUUAUGUCCGUCGCUCGAGGUCGUCGUCAACUGCAACGGUUACCUUGGACACACAGAACCUCCACUCUGUCGCGGAUAGACUGAAGGAUGCCCACCUUCACAGAUCCACGUCUGCUAAUGGCAGCCCUAUCUCUUCUUCACCGUCGAGCACACCUAGUUUGUCAAGUCGAUCGAGCUCGAAGGACUCGCGGUGAAUUGUUUCUGUCCCACGUGGAUACACUACCUCUCCUUGGUUGUCAGUGAUACCAGGUCUUUGCAUACCAUACGUCCUUUUUGGAUGUCCACACGCUCCUUUCCAUGUCAUCCAAUCUUUAACUUGUCGUGUCUCGUUGCAUGCUGGAAUAUUCCGUACAUAGGUAAUUUAGAAUUUGUUGUUUCGAGAUCGGCCUCUGCGAUGCCCACCUUCAUACUACUAAUCUUCAUAUAUUUUUAUGUCUCUUAUAGACACUGCUGUUCGGAACCAUGUCAUUUUACGGACUGUUUAGGCUAUGUAUGUCCAUUGCAACGGCAUGAUAUUUCAGGAGUCGACAU